ACAGAACAGAACAGAGUAAUCAACUCCAUGAAAACCACAGCCUUUGAACUCCCCACGAAAUAUUAAUUACUGAUUUUUCCAUUAAAAAUUAAAAUAAAAAGUGAAAAAUAACAUAGAGACCAGAAGAGAGAGAUUGAUGGAGAAGUCCGUGUGAGGAGGAAGAAGCUGUCUCUAAUCAUCGUCGAUUCCAAUCCACUCCUUUCUAGUUUAAUACAAGCUUCUUUUAUUGGAUUAUAGAUACGUUCAUUUCACUCCUUUCCACGUUCUUGGAAUGGAGGAUGUCAAAGUUGCUAAAGAAAUUCCUCCCCUACAAUCCUCUUCACCGAACCACCACGGUGAUCACUCUGGCAGAGGUGCUCCUACAAACUCAGAAAAGCCUGACAGAGUUGAAAGUGACAGUCAUUUGUUAAAGAACGAGAAUUCCAAAGUAGAGGCUGCACAAAGUGCUUCUGAUGUCCCAUCUCUGGCACAAAAUCAACUACUUCCAACAGAUAAUCCAGUCUCUACCUCAUUAAUAGUAGAAAAUGGUAAAUUAUCUACUGCCGAACAUGCUUCAAAUAUCCCAUCCCUAGAGCAAAACCAGCCUCUUCCAACAGAUGCCACGGCUUCACCCUCAACAGUUACGGUUCCUCAAGAUACUGUGAAGAAAGAGUCUGGUCCAAAAGAUGUUGAUCCAUUAUUACAACAAAUUCAACAUCUUCCAACAGAUACUCCAGCCUCAACCUCAACUAUUGGAGCCAAAAAGCCAGAGACAACUAUACUGAAUACUGCCGCAGAUUCUGUUGCUAAGAAUUUUGACGUUGCAAUGCCAUCCACUGGGCGUUCUCUGCCCAAUAUAAAGACCUCCAGAACUGCAUUUACUAAAUCUGAAGCCACCUUUUCUCCUCAGAAUGCUAAGCUGGCUUAUGCGAACAAUGUAGUAUUAUCACCCAGUGUAAAGUAUGCUAGCAUGUCUGCGAGAAAAUCUGGAGGUUUUGAUUCUCCUAACAGUGCUAAGAGCAGAGGCCUUAUUGAUACAACUGCUCCUUUUGAAUCAGUUAAAGAAGCUGUUUCCAAAUUUGGAGGAAUUGUUGAUUGGAAAGCCCAUAGAAUACAAACUGUGGAGAGACGCAAACUUGUGGAGCAAGAACUGGAGAAAGCACAGGAGGAGAUCCCAGAGUAUCAGAGACGAUCUGAAAUUGCUGAAGAUGAGAAAACAAAAGUAUUGAAGGAGCUGGACAGCACAAAGAGACUUGUUGAAGAAUUGAAGCUUAACCUGGAGAGAGCACAAACAGAAGAGAGUCAGGCAAAACAAGACUCAGAACUUGCCAAACUAAGGGUCGAAGAGAUGGAGCAAGGUAUUGCUGAUGAGGCCAGUGUGGCUGCCAAAGCACAGCUUGAGGUUGCCAAGGCGAGGCAUAGUACUGCAGUGACAGAGUUAAAAUCUGUAAAAGAAGAGCUGGAAGCACUGCACAAGGAAUAUGCAUCUUUAGUGACCGAGAAAGACAUGGCUAUCAAAAAUGCUGAAGAGGCUAUUGCCGCAUCCAAAGAAGUUGAGAAAACAGUUGAAGAUCUUACUAUUGAACUGAUUGCCACAAAGGAGUCAUUAGAGUCUGCACAUGCUGCCCAUUUGGAAGCGGAGGAACAAAGAAUUGGAGCAGUCAUGGCCAAGGAACAAGAUUCUCAUCAUUGGGAAAAGGAGAUAAAGCAGGCAGAAGAGGAACUUCAGAGACUCCACCAGCAAAUUCUGUCCGCUAAGGAUCUUAAGUCCAAACUAGACACAGCCUCGGCUUUGCUUAUUGAUUUAAAAGCUGAAUUAGCUGCUUAUAUGGAAUCAAGAUUCAAGAACGACAGUGAUGGAGGACAAGAUAAAGAUGGGCAAGAAAGACCAGAGAGGAAAACUCAUACUGAUAUACAAGCAGCAGUUGCCUCAGCAAAAAAGGAGCUGGAGGAAGUGAAGCUCAACAUAGAAAAAGCAAUUGCUGAAGUAAAUUGCUUAAAGGUAGCCGCCUCGGCAUUGAAGUCUGAACUUGAAAGUGAGAAAUCGGCUCUUGCCGCCAUCAGGCAAAGAGAAGGAAUGGCAUCAGUGGCUGUGGCGUCUCUUGAGGCUGAACUUGACAGGACUAGGUCAGAAAUAGCUCUAGUUCAGAUGAAGGAGAAAGAUGCCAGAGAGAAGAUGGUGGAGCUACCCAAAGAGUUGCAACAAGCGGCACAACAGGCCGACCAGGCAAAGGUACUUGCUGAAGUGGCUAAUGAGGAUCUGCGUAAGGCAAAAGAAGAAGCAGAUCAAGCAAAGGCUGGAGCAAGUACUGUGCAGAGUAGAUUGUUAGCAGCAGGAAAGGAAAUAGAGGCUGCAAGGGCUUCUGAGAGGUUGGCGUUAGCAGCAAUCAAAGCGCUGCAGGAGAGUGAGCAAGCCAGAGCCACCCCUGCUGAUGCCGAUUCACCUCCUGGAGUAACACUCAAUAUAGGGGAGUAUUAUGAGCUCAGCAAGCGUGCCCAUGAGGCAGAGGAGCAGGCAAACACGAGAGUUGCUGCUGCAAGUUCCAAAAUUGAGGCGGCCAAGGAGUCUGAGCUGAGAUGCUUGGAGAAGUUGGAACAAGUGACUAAGGAAAUGGCUUCGAGAAAAGAUGCACUCAGGGUGGCAAUGGAGAAAGCUGAGAAGGCCAAGGAAGGAAAAUUGGGUGUUGAACAGGAGUUGAGAAAGUGGAGAGCAGAGCACGAGCAAAAACGAAAGAUUGGAGAACCUGGUCAAGCUGCUGUAAACACUAGAAGCCCCAGGCCUAGUUUUGAGGGAAUGAAAGAUCCUAAAAGCUUCGACCAGGCACCUGUCUCUGCAGUACAUGAUCAGUAUGCUUCAAGUCCCAAGCAUGCAUCAGGAAAUGUCACUGAAAGUGAGCCAUCCCCCCAAGAAGUAAAGAGUGGAAAGAAGAAGAAGUCAUUUUUCCCGCGAAUUUUUAUGUUUUUGGCGAGAAGAAAGCACGCAAAAAAUUCAGCUGCACGGGGACACUAGUGCAUAUCUUUGUUGUGAGUUUACAUGUUUCCUCGGGGCGAUUUCUCUCGGAGUGACUGUAAAUGCGGGACUUGAUCUUACAGGUUUAUUUUCUUCACUGUACAUGAUGUUGGUAUAUUAUUUUUUGUAUGAUAAGUUGAAUGGGGAUUUGGGAUGAUAAUUGUGCUCAUGAUAAAGGAUUGUAUGACUGGUUGGGGUUUGGGGGCAAUAAGGUCGUUGUUGGUGCUUAGCUGAGAUGAGAUAAUAAGAGUGAUUUUGUGAUGAGUAGGCUUGGAAAUGAAAAGUCAGUUCAAGUAAAAGUUUUUGUUGCGUUUGCUGUAAUGAAUAUUAUUUGGGUCCGAGUUUUCUCUUCGAGUAUCAACAAAGUGCCACAUU